GUGUUUUCGGGAUAUUUUAAUUAUUGCAGUGCACGUUGCAUUGACCAAAACAAAAAAAAAAGAUACAGUAGCCACUGGAGUAGAAGACGGUUUAAAAUACAAUAUUACCGUCGGGCACGUCUUUUAUUUACCAAAAAAAAACAAAAGCCUCAGCCUCUCUUCUCAAUUUAAGACUGGAUACGAUGGGGAAGAAGCAGAACAAGAAGAAAGUGGAGGAGGUUCUGGAAGAGGAGGAGGAGGAGUACGUGGUGGAGAAGGUCCUGGACAGGCGCAUCGUCAAGGGGAAGGUGGAGUACCUACUCAAGUGGAAAGGGUUCUCAGAUGACGACAACACAUGGGAGCCAGAGGAAAACCUAGACUGUCCGGACCUCAUCGCGGAAUUCCUGCAGUCCCAGAAAAUAGCGCACGACGGCGUGGAUAAGUCAGAGGGGCCAAAGCGGAAAGCAGAGUCCGACACGGAAACCGAGGAGAGUAAAAACAAGAAGAAGAGGGAGGAGCAAGAGAAGCCAAGAGGUUUUGCCCGAGGGCUGGAGCCAGAGCGGAUUAUCGGGGCGACGGAUUCGAGUGGAGAGCUCAUGUUCCUCAUGAAGUGGAAGAACUCCGACGAGGCUGACCUGGUGCCGGCGAAAGAGGCGAACGUGAAGUGCCCCCAGGUGGUAAUCUCUUUUUACGAGGAGCGCCUAACGUGGCACUCGUACCCGACCGAGGAAGAGGAGAAAAAGGAGGAGAAGUAACUGGGCUCGAGGGGCUCACAGAAAAAAAACAAACACACAAGACACUCACACACACACACACACACACACACACACACACACACACACACACACACACACACACACACACACACACACACACACACACACACACUCACACACA